GGCCGACCUGCAGCUGGCUACAAUCUCCUGUUCGGUGGUUGUAGACAGUGGUAAAGUCACGCCUAAGCCUCCUUUUCUCCCGGCUAAACAACCCCCGCUCCCUCUGCCGCUUCCCGUAGGACACACGCUGCCAGCCCUUCACAGCUCCGCCGCCCUUUCCUGGACACGCUCCAGCACAUCAGUGUCCUCCUGGAGUGGGGCGCCCAGGAGCGGGCACAGUAUUUGAGGUGGCCUCAGCGGUGCCGAGUACACGGGAAGAAUCGCUUUCCUGCAGCUCACACUAUUUCUGACACAACGCGGUUCCUCCCUCCGGGGACACCCCGCGCCCGCAGCGGGGCUGCCCCAGCCCGGUGUCCGCCAGCGCCCCGGCGGCGGCGGGGCCAGCGCGCAGCCGCGCCGGGAUGGCGGAGGCGGGAGCGGGCGGGCGGCGCCAUGUCGGGCCGCGCUGCGGAGGUUUAAAAAGUGCUGAUUCUCCUUGGAGAAAUUAAUUAGAAAAUAGUGGAGGAAAGCUGUAAAGCCAAGAAUGAACACGAAAGGUUUAAAAAUGUCUGAUCGAAAAAAUAUCAUACACAGAACCCAUUGUAUAGAAAAACUGCUGUCUGAGAACAAUUUACAAGGUAUUGAGGAUCAUCUUAAAGAACUUGAAGAUGUUGAUAUGACCGUAGAAUAUCUCCAGGGGACAGAGGUUACCAAGGCUGUAUAUAGGGUACUCAAGAGUUGCCCUUCAGGAGAGUUGAAAAAGAAAGCAAAGCAGUUAUUGUCAAGGUGGAAAGCACUUUACAAGAACAGCUGUGCUCAGUCAAUGCAAGUUAAAAAGUCAGUUUCUGCAUACGUGAAAGAAGAAAUUGAGCAUCUCAGUGUAGUUCCUAGAGAGCAAUCACUAUCUGAAAGACCCUGUCAGCAGGAGGCAUUAGAUGGUACUAGUUCCAACAUUUUGGACCCGUCACAAGCUGUUAAAAAUGUGGUAUGUAAUCAUGGAGAAGGCAGUAUGAAUGAGCAUUCUUCUUUUGAGGAACAAAACACUGUUCAUGAAGAUUCUAAAUCUGUUGUUAGCGAAGCAAGUCUGCAGCAGGAUCUGACGAGAGCUCUGAGGUGUAAAUGUGUGGAUCUUCUUUAUAAAGCUUUGAUUGGUUCCACCAAAGACGAAGAAGAAACUGUUAAAUGGCUAGAGUUAGCUAAAGAAAUUGAAGAACAUGUUUUUGCUCUUCAUGCUAAAAAUGAUAAAAAGUACAAAAAUUGCAUCAGAAGUAAAAUCUCUAACCUUAAGAACCCUAAAAGUCGCCACUUAAAACAUAGCCUUUUUUCAGGAACUUUGAGCCCAAAGGCUUUUGCUGAGAUGACAGUGAUGGAAAUGGCCAGUGAUGAACUGAAACAGCUCAGGGCUCUGUACACAAAAUCAUCUGUUCAGGAGCAUCAGCUUCCACAGGUUAUUAAUGGCACACAGACAAACAAAAUAAAGUGCAGACGCUGUGAAAAAUUUGAUUGCACUGUCACCAUGAUUGCCAGAGGAACUCUCUUUCUUCCAGCUUGGGUGCGAAACACAAAUCCAGAUGAACAAAUGUUGACUUAUGUUAUUUGUAAUGAAUGUGGAGAACAGUGGUAUCACAGCAGAUGGAUUUGUUUGUAAUGCUAUCCCUCUUUAAGAAGGGGCUUGGAAAUGUCUAUGGAACAUACCUCUGUUGAAACUCUGUAAUUUUAAAUUCUGUGCUGAUAGUAUGUGGGUGCUGCCACUAAAAACUGCAAAAUCAGUUUUAAAAAACUGCUAAGGUAUUUUUAAAGAUGGCUGUAAUGAAUCUUACAUGUUUUUAAGUAACGUAAAUAUGUAAAGAAAUAAAAGGGUGAAGAGGAAAAAAGUGGUUACACUGUAUUUGAGUGGAAUAUUUGCUAGUAAAUCCAUUAAAGUUAUUCCAAGUGCUGAGUUUUUUCCUGAAGGAACUGGAUACUUGGAAAUUUUUUUUUAACUUCAGGAGGAGUUCUUUCUUAGAACAUAAGUUUCAUUUACAGUAAACAGACUGUUACCAAAACUGCAGUUCACAUACUUGUGUGCAUUGCAGAAUCUUCAGCAUGGAUUCACUCCUUUUUGUGAGCAAGUGUUAGAUUAUUAAGUUGGUGGGAGUGGUGAUUUCUAAUAGGGAAAAAAGAAACUAAAAGUAGAGCAUUAAAGGGGGUAGAAAGCAGCUGGCAAAUGAAAGCAAGAAUGAAAUUAUUCUUUAGUGUUUUUAGCUAUUAGAAGGAGCACAGGACUUGUGACAGUCCAUCGGUAUGCAGGCCAGAUUUACGAUGUAAGAUGGUGUGUCCUGCUACUGCAAAGGAAUUAAUGCAGGACCAGACAAUGGAUUGUUUCAGAAAAUGAUGUAAAUAUAUUAUUGGAUUUAUGUUUAUUUAGUAAUAGUAAUUAAUAGUAGUUAAUAACUUUGAGUGGAUAUUCUCUCUGGAACUGGGAUAUCUGUCCUGAACUGAGAAAAUUAGUAUUUUUAUAGAGCACAAAUUGCCCACAAACAAUGAAUAGAAGGAAAUCCAAUAGCAGAAGUUUUUAUACGUAUUUUUGUUCAAGAGUCAACAGCAUUCUCAUUGAUUGUUUACUUGAAGUAUUUAUUUAAAAAAUUCUUCUCCCUAAAGUAGGAGACCUGUAUCUUUUAGAAAGAUAAAGUGCAUUUAGCACUUCAAGGUUAAAAUGUAUCAGCAGAGCAGAGAAACCUGCUGAGUGUUUGCUGGAUGAAUUGAGGACAGCACCAGUCUGACAGAGCUCAGGCUGGUCAGCCCCUCUGGGCUGAGCUGGAUGACCUCUUAAAGAAACCAGUUAGAGGCAAAAGACGAGAAAAUAGGUAUUGGCAAACUAAAUGCCAGGCAGGACUGAAAGACAGACCUUAAUGGGAAAAAUUAUGCAUAACGUGAUAUUGCAAAGGGACACUUAAACUCUUCUACUGAAAAAAAGAGGAAACAACUUUCCAUUCUGUGAAGGGCUAACAAUUGCAUUUAAGCAGCAUUACUUAGAUUUUUAUAAUGUAAAAAUGUGUGAUUUAGAGGAAUUGCAGUGAUGUAAAAUCCACAUUAAAGCUUUAGGUCAGACUAACUGGUUCAACUGUGUAACCAAGGGGUUACUAUCUGGCCUGCUUUCCCAGCCCUUCCUUGUGUGCUGGAAUUGAUGUUUACAAGUAGUCCUGUUUAAGUGGCUGUACUUUUGUGUAAAGUGUUAUUGUUAGCUUUCAAUGAAACAACAGGAAAGCAAACACUCCUGUUUUAGUGGAUCACAGCAAGCACAGGAUUGUGUGCAGUCGUUUUGAAGGUCAUGGUCCUGUUGAGGAGAGCACCAUUGUGCUGUGUCAGAACACCAUGUAGCAGAAGACUUUAUUUUAGCUAUGAACUGUGUAUAAAUAAUUUCUGCCUGCAGUUGGUUUUGAAGCCAUUCCAGUAAUGUAGAGCUCAUCCAAGUUUUAUCUUGGCAAAGGGAAAUAUUACAAGGCAUGGAGGGUGUUUCAGACAGAAUAUAGUUCAAGGGUAAAUUUUGUAUCCGUAAUACGGACUACAUUUGUGACAUAAUAUGUAACAUCAUUUUCUUUUGAACUCCCAUCACUAAAUGUAUAACUGUGCAGGCAUAAAAUAUUUGGCUAAGAUAAUAUGCUUUGUCUCAAAAUGUCUUUAAAAAGCCAACUUGCAACUGCAAGUGUAGAUCACUGGAGCAGAGGGAGUAGAGUCCAGAAACAAAAGUGAGAAAACUGAUGUGCUUUGAAAAGUGAGAUUCUUUUAUGUUGUUGAAAUCUUUUUUUUCAGUUCAUUCCAGGUGAGAAAAAGAUCUCUGAACUUUUUUAAGCAGAGACAAUUAAUUUGGGUAUGAUGUUUAGCAUGUCUGUGCUACUGCUCCCACAAGGAGUGUCUCAUUAGAGGUGAUCCCCACAAACAUUGUACAAAUACAUGUACAAGGCUGAACAAGGCUAAAGUCUGUAUUUGUCUCCACGGGGUUUUCCAGAGAUGCUGUAAAUUCAACUCCUUGAAUCCUGUGAUAUAACAGCAGCAGUAAGGUCUUAAACAUAAAUUGCCCUCAAAGAUCAAGUAGCCUGUAGCUGCAGAACUUGUGAUACACAUCUAAGAAGAUGAGAGCUGAAUUUCACACGAUUUUCUAUGUAAAACAAAGAGACUAUUCUAUAUCUGAAGUGCCCUAUUUAUUGUAGUGAAUGUCAUCCCUUAACACCAGUAACAAAACUCCUUCUGGUUCCUAGAGAUCCCCUGCCAGAUCCAUUUCCAUCUGUUUUGUUGAGUGCCUUUUCUAUCUUUGUCAUAUCCCUCUAUCUGUGCACUUUUUAGGGAGGUACUUAGCUGCCAUUUGUUGUUUAUAAUUCUUUCUUCUUUUCAAAACCAAAAGGAAAUUUAUGCUGUUUAUUUUUCAUUUAAAGUGUGUUCCUUUCCUUCUGCUGUACUAUCUACAUUUGCGACUAAAGCAAAGAACUGCAACUCUUUAAACAAAAAAAACAAAACA